AUGGGACCUCCACAUACGAGGUCUCGUACCCAGUCUUCGGACUCUCGGGCGGUAGCCCCGAUAUCUUUCGAAGAUCUUUGUGAGUUUUCAUCCAAAGUGACUUCAACUUUAGUGGACGUCGCAGACGAUGCAACAAUCAAGGGACAUCAAGCUAAAGAACUCCGCAAUGCGACAGCACAAGCCAUCUCCGACGCAUGGAAGGAUUCCCGUUCAGCCACGGCCGCACUUGCUAAACAGGUGAAUGAGUCCAACAGCUCACUCCUACAAGGCCUUAAUGAUUCUUUUAGCGCUGUAGGACAGAGGAUAGAUGGUAUUCCCCAGGUCCUACCUUGUAUGCCGGAGGCAUCGUUGCCCCGCAUACCUUACUUUUCUGGCGCUAAUGGUGGAGAUCUCACACCUUUCUCGGUUUGGCUGCGCCGUUUUGAGGACAUCCAAAAUUUGCGGCCUGCGCCUCUAUCGCAAAAACUUAAGGCUUAUCACUUAAUCGCAUAUUUGGAAGGGGCUGCGCGUGAGAAAGUAGAUGAAUUAACUGAGGAGCAGCGACAAGAUUACGAUACCGUAGUGGCGCACCUGAGAAAAUAUUACGAAGGCCCACAUCUGCGUAAUAUGGCCCGUAGGGCCCUAUCCAUUGCCAAGCAGGAACUAGGGGAAUCCGCCGCCGCGUUUGCAGACCGUAUAUUUAAGCUAGUUAGAGCGGCUACCCCGGACCAGGAUAUAUCUAUGCAACAGCAGCGGGUCCUUGAGGAAUUCACAGCGCGUCUUCGACCCCGUACGCGUUUUCAAGUUGAGCUUAAUAACCCGACUACUCUCCAGCAGGCGCUGGAUGUGGCGCAGAUGGUUGAGCAAAUUGCAGAAACCACACCACUGGAUCAUUCCUACUCCUCCGGCGAGAAAUACAAGCAGAUCACCCAGACCCGUUUCAGGUGA